AAUUCCCGGCCUGUCACGAAUACAACACCUGGAUUUCGCCACUAAUAAAUCAGCUUCAAACUCGGGGCCACGACCACGACUCCACGAGAAAGAUAUCUUUUCCCCAUCGGGUCCUUCUCGUCUUCCACGUGAUUGCAGUCGGCUCUCCUGCUGCUGCUCAAAGAUGGAUGCGAACAGGCGCCAAAGUGGAAUUCAGCAAUUGCUGGCUGCAGAACAGGAGGCUCAGCAAAUUGUAAAUGCUGCUAGGGCUGCUAAACUUGCAAGGCUUAGGCAAGCAAAAGAGGAGGCUGAGAGGGAAAUAGCUGAAUACCGUGCCCAGAUGGAGGCUGACUUCCAGAGGAAGCUUGCAGAGAGCAGCGGUGACUCUGGCGCAAACGUCAAACGUCUUGAGCAAGAGACAAACGAAAAAAUUGCACAACUCAAGCAGCAGGCCGCAACCAUCUCCCCUGAGGUGAUUCAAAUGCUUCUGAGGCAUGUCACCACUGUGAAGAACUAAAGCUUGACGGGCAAUGUGUCCUGCAUACGAAUGUGAACUUGUAUUAUCUGUUUAUUUAUUUGGGAGGUGUGAUAAGAAAUGGUAUCUGCCACUUCCAGCUGUAAUUUAUUGUCCUUUAUCUUAGAAUAAGCUGCUGCAGUUUCAGCAGCAGCCAUGUCUGAUACUACUUGCUAAACCUUCGGUGAUUAGUUGGUAUUAUUCUUUUUGUCGAUU